GACGUGUGGGUACAGGGUACAGGGGCUCUGCAGGCUAAUGAGGAGACUCUGCCCAAGGACAGACUCUUCAGAAGCCCCAGAAGCCAAGGAUUCUGUGUUUAAAUAAAGACAAGAGGCCAUUAAACCUUUGAACUUCAACAGCAACAGAAAAUCUGCACAUUGGAAAGAAAGUGCAAUGAGCAUUCCCAACUCCCAGAAGGAACUUCCCUCAGUAAUAAAACGUUUCAAAUGCCCAGAAUGUGGGAAAAGAUACUCGAGCAAAGGCAGUCUUAUUAUUCACCAGAGAGUUCACACAGGGGAGAAACCAUUCAUGUGCACAGAGUGUGGAAAAAGAUUCACAGAAAAAAGCAAACUUAUUAUUCACCAGAGAGUUCACACCGGGGAGAAACCAUUCAUGUGCACUGAAUGUGGGAAAAGUUUCUCAAAAAAAUACGGACUUGUUGUUCACCAGAGAGUUCACACAGGAGAGAAACCAUUCAUGUGCACAGAAUGUGGGAAAAGAUUUGCAGAAAAAAACUACCUUAUUAUUCACCAGACUGUUCACACCGGGGAGAAGCCAUUCACAUGCACAGAAUGUGGGAAAGGAUUUUCAGAAAAAAGGAAAUUUGUUAUUCAUCAGAGAGUUCACACUGGGGAGAAAUCAUUCACAUGCACAGAAUGUGGAAAAUGUUUCUCUGUUAAGUCAGGCCUGAAAAGUCACCAAAGAAUUCAUACAGGGGAGAAACCUUUUACCUGCAUAGAAUGUGGGGAAAGUUUCAGGCAUAAAGCAAGCCUUAAAGAACACAAGAUAAAACACACCGGGGAGAAACCUUUUACCUGCCCAGAAUGUGGGAAAAGCUGCAGUCGACAGACAGACCUUGAAAUACACCAGAGGAUUCACACAGGGGAGAAACCUUAUCCAUGCACAGAAUGUGGGAAAUCCUUCACUAUAAACAGCAAUCUAGUUAGACACCAGAGGAUUCACACUGGAAUUAAACCAUUCGCAUGCACAGAAUGUCACAAAAGCUUCUCUGCACAUCACAAGCUUUCCUUACACAAAAGAGUCCACACAGGGGAGAAACCAUUCACUUGCACAGAAUGUGGGAAAAGCUUUAGCCGUAAGGACAGCCUUCAAUACCACUACACAACUCAUACAGGGGAGAAACCUUUCACUUGCACAGAGUGUGGUAAAUGUUUCUCUAAAAAGUCCAGCCUUCAGUGUCAUCGGGUGAUCCACACAGGAGAGAAACCAUUUGCUUGUGCAGAAUGUGGGAAAAGUUUUAGUUUAAAGAGAAACCUAACCAACCAUCACAGAAUCCACACUGGGGAGAAACCUUUGAAAAGUUACUCUGCAGAGGACAGACUUUCUUCUCCACACCAGAGAGAUGUUUCACAUGUAUAGAAUGUGGGAAAAGUUAUGAGAGAGACCUUAGGAACCACCACACAACUCAUACAGGGGAGAAACCUUACACUUGCACUGAGUGUGGGUCCAACCUUCAGAGACAUCAUAUAAUCCACACAUGCCCAGGAUGAGGGAACAAAUUGACUCUUACCAACUCUCUGACUCCAGCAGAUUAUCCACAAGAGAGAGAAACCUUUAUUUGCACGGAAUGGAGUUUCCCCAAUAUUAGGUUUCAUCUCCCUCACCAGAACAUAAAGGGAAGAGACGCAGUCACUUAUUUCUCCAACAGUCUCUCCCAUUCCAACAUUACUAAUCAGCGUUCCAACUGAAUUAUAUAUAAAGGUAAAUGCCCUCCAACAAGCAUUGGCGCUGGGUUCUCCUCUGCUCAUAGAUAAUUGUGCAACACCAAACCCAACACACUUUGGGAUUCAUUUUUACCAAUAUAUUACUAAUUGAAAGCGAUGCAAUAUUUUGAUGUGUCUCGCGAUUCCUUUGAAUCUCAUUAACCUUUUGGUAUUGGCUGUUUAUGGAUAAAUCUCAUAUUGACAUAAGCUUUAUACUCAGUUUCCUGUUUUCUACCAAUUAGCAACGUUUAUUACAAUAAAGAAGAGUGUUAAUGUA